AACAUCAUCUUGCUCAGUUUUCCAUUCACUGACCGCCAGGGAUGAGGCUCGUUAUAUCGUACAUUCGAGCGCUGCUGAUCGGUGCUGUUGCAUGCGCAGCAGCUUCAAGCCAAGUACCUUUUAAGACUUUCACACCUUCAGAUGAACUCAAAUCGACCAAUUUGACCGACCUGGUCCAGUGGGAUGGCUAUUCGCUUUUCGUUAAAGGCCAAAGGAUCUUCAUUUACAGCGGGGAAUUCCACGCCUUCCGACUCAUCGUACCUGAUCUUUGGCUCGAUGUAUUUCAGCGGAUCAAAGCCCUCGGUUUCAAUGCGAUCUCCACCUAUACUUUCUGGGGAAUGGUCAAUCCCUCAGAAGGCGUCUUCGAUUACGAUGAUUUUCGAGAUCUUGGACCGUUCCUAGACGCAGCCAAUCAAGCUGGGCUCUUUGUCGUUGUAAGACCUGGACCGUACAUUAACGCGGAAGUCUCGGCUGGAGGCUUCCCUGGUUGGGUCACCGCCCUACCGAAUUUCGUUGCGCGAACGGACAAUGGACCAUACACCGAAGCUUACACGCCCUAUUGGAGCGGAAUCGGCGAUGUAAUUGCAAAAUACCAGAUUACACAAGGAGGUCCAGUUAUUGGCGUACAGAUUGAGAACGAAAUCAGCAAUGCCAACUUGACGUAUAUUGAAAACCUCGAGAAGCUCAUGCGGGACGCCGGUAUCGUCGUUCCCUUCACCUUCAAUGAUGUCUCCGUCGGCGGAUAUGAGCUGGUUUUCCCUCCAGGAAACGUCGACAUUGCGGGGGUCGAUAGCUACCCUCAGAAUUCGGACUGUGCAUACCCUGAGCUAUGGGCACCUGUCGGAACCUAUUAUCGUCCAUACCUCAUCAAUUCGUCGGGGGUGGAAGGAGAGCCAUUCUAUAUCCCAGAAUUUCAAGCCGGCUGGAUACCGACCUUGAGCACUGGAGGCUACCCUAACUGCUUCGGACUCUUUGGAUCGGCCUUUGAAAGGGUCUUCUAUCUGAACAAUUUGGCUCAAGGCAUCAAAAUGCAAAGCAUUUAUAUGGUCUAUGGAGGCACGAACUUUGGGCACACUGCGUUCCCGCCUGGACUCACGUCUUACGACUACUGGGCACCAAUCAGCGAGGAUCGAUCCUUCCCGGACAAGUACUACGAGCUCAAGCUCAUCAGCCAUUUCAUUCGAUCCUCGCGAGAUCUGCCAAAGACUUGGAUCACAGCAUCCAGCAAUGAUACGUUCACCUCUGCUCCAGGUGAAAUUCAGGUAGACGCUCUCGUCAAUCCCGACAGUCACGCUGGGUUCUGGGUAGUCCGCCAUGCGAAUUCAAGCACAAUGGCUGUCACGUCCUUCACUCUCGAUACAGUCGACUGGCAGGGCAAUGCCACUUUACCUGUCACCUUGAAUGGGAGGGAUUCCCGAGUGGUCGUCACCAAUUACUGUUGGGGAGCCUCUUGCAUCUCUCACUCAUCAUCUGCCAUCCUGACUUCGACUACAAUGGGCGAUGUGGACUACUUGAUUGUCUAUGGUGCGCCUGAUCAGCCAUACCAGAUCGCAUUCCCAGACACACACUGCGUCAUCAAUCAGACCACUGGCUCGACUCAAGUCUCUUCGAGCGUCAGCCAAGGUCGAACCGUCAUGACUUACAAUUUGACUGCCGGUGAUCAUAGCAUCGUCCAAGUGACCGGCGGUACGCGUACGGUCAUGAUACACAUUCUCGAUACGAUGGUAGCCAACUUUGCUUGGGAGACAUUGGUUGUAGGAACAGGAGACUAUGGUAGUCAUUACCUCAUUGGAAGCAACGAGACCGUUCUGAUAUUUGGACCAUACUUCAUGCGAUGGGCCUGGUCAGACGGCAACACUCUGAAUCUUCAGGGAGAUGUCAAUGGUACAGACACCGUCGUCUUUGCCUGCGACCCCAAAUAUACCGCCUUCACUUGGAACGAUGUGACUGUCACGCCUAACAGGACUAGCGACACGACUUGGUCCGUGAGCAUUCCAGGUCCUGCUUCGACCCCGGUUGCCCCAAAUAUCAGCAGCUGGGUUUGGAAGGACUCUCUGCCUGAGAUCGAGUAUGGAUACGAUGACUCAGACUGGACCGUCUGCAAUUUGACUUCCACAACCAAUAAAAAUCAGCCUUACUUUAACGGCAAGUAUAUAUUGUACGGGCAGGAGUAUGGCUUCUCAGUCGGCGCCACGCUAUAUCGAGGAACAUUCUCAGGAGGUUCAUGGGCUGGGCUUGAGCUUUCCGUUUCCGCUGGAUAUUUUGGAGCAGCUGCUAUUUGGGUGAACGGAAAAUACACAACGUCUGCGUUUGUGCCGGGUGACGGAAACAACGAGAAUGUCAAUGUGACUGUGAAUUUUGACAGUGUCUCCCUCAGCGACGGAACCAACUACAUUACCGUCGUCAUCGCAAACACCGGACUGGAGGAGGAUGGUGGGGAGGAUACUCAGUCUCCUCGGGGCAUUCGUGGCUAUGAACUCAUGGCCUCUGGUUCUCAGUCAUCAGAUGGAUCGGAGAUGGCUUGGAAGAUGCAAGGAAAUCAAGGUGGAAACGUCAACUUCCCCGACAAGGUCAGGACUAUCUACAAUGUCGGCGGGUUCUUCGGCGAGAGACAAGGCUGGUAUCUCCCAGGAUUCAACGGUUCCGACUGGUCAAUGGGUGGACCGAGUGGGGAAGGCAAUGGAUCCCUAACUGCACCCGGUGUCAGGUUCUACAAGGCUUCAGUGAACGUGGAUUACCCUGAAGGACUUGAUAUUCAUUAUAGUUUCAAGUUCCCAAAUAUCACUGGAGACUACCGAGCUCAACUUUUCGUCAAUGGCUGGCAAUUUGGACGGAGGUUUGGUGACAUUUCUCCCACGCAAUUGAUCUUCCCUGUGCCGCCCGGAGUGCUCGUUCAGGGUACGAACGAGCUCGCGAUGUCUCUCUUUGCUUUCAAUGAUACCCAGUCCGCAUUCUCUAUCGGAGGACAGCUGGAGCUCGUUGUGGAUCCUAGCGUGACGACGAGCGUCCUCAGUCUUUCGAAUAUCACUAUCAACUCGCCGACCUACGACGAGGUUUAUGGCGGGUCUGCUUGAGACGUGUCAGAAGAUCGAGAUCCAUGAUCUAUAAUCAAAUGUCUUGAGAGAUCGUCCGUAGCAACUGAUGCGCGGCCAGCCUAAAAAAGAAUGCAUGAUGAAUUUGCUGGG